AUGGCUGAUUUACCCCUUUUUGGUCUUGUCAUUGAAUGUUUUUAUUCUCAUUAUUCUUUUGAAAGGGAAGAGUCUAAUCACCAGGCUGUGAUUCAAGAGCGUAUCCAUUAUUAUUUUAACCAACUGACUGUCGGUUGUGGAGAUUCUGCAUGCACAAAUCAGAAUUGUGCUUCCUCCCCCAACUUCGCUCACCGUGGACUUGAUAAUAACCAUGCUGCUGCCUUGGCACUCAGGCUUCUUAGAGAUUCCGAACCCAUGUGUUUUGCUCAUCCUUCGGCUCCAAUGGAUUCUACAGAGCAUCGGAAGGACUCAACUCCAAAAUCUGGAGGCGUUGAUUCCUCCCAUCAUCAACCAGACCAGCGUGAAACUUUGAUGAUAAACUCAGAGAACGCUCAGAUGUCGGAGCAUUUGCCUCCAACAUCUGGUUCUUCCCUCCGCCAGGAUCAGGAAAAAAUGGAAGGUGAGAAUUCCGAAGGAAGGGAAACCGAUGGGGGUAUGCAGGAUGCCUUGGAGGGUUCCACACCCACCUCCUCCAUUAGUGAAAUUUCCCCCAGUCUGAGUCGUUUCCUUCUUCACAUUUCUGGUAGUUCGCCACCUGCUUCCACAGAAGUUCCAUUUCUCGAGAGUGUGACAACUGCGGCAAUGGGAAGUAGUGACAGUGCAGAUUCGUCUCAGCACAGCUACUUCCUCGGAUUGUUGGACAGCAUCAUGAAGAGAUCCAAUCACAAACCUGACGACGGCGAGGAAGACGCUGAUUUACCUUCAGCAACCAGUAUCAUAAAAAAGCGUGUGAAAGGUCUCAGGCUGUCUGAGGUACGGGAAUGUGUGGAGAACUGCGAAUCGGAGGGCAAUUGGACUCCUAUCAGACUGCUGCUUGAGGAGGUUUUUACAUCUCUAACCGCCCUCGCCAAUUCCUUCCCUCGAGAAAGCAAAUCCGCCGAUGUGGAGAUGGUGCCAUUAUCACCAGACAGCUCAUUUUUACCUCAUUACAAAUCAGGUCUUUCAGUCGCAGAAUCAGCUCGUGCUCGUAGGCUCAAGCCUGGGUCGGAUUCGAAUGCCUUUUCACCCUUUCUCAACGGUGAAUCCGAUCCUGCUGUACCAGUAGACAUAGACGAGGCUCGUGAGGCCUACAGGCUCCUUCUUGAUCGACCUCCAAAGACCUUAGGUUUUGACGGCACACUCGCCCACCUCAUUCGAAGGCAAUUGAUUGUUACCUUGCGCAGAAGCUUUCGCAUCUAUCCCUUUCCAUCUUCCGGUGCUAACACGGAUCCCUAUCUCGCUCUGUUAGGAGAGUUGAAUCCCCCUCCUGGUGGGGAGGCGGACAAAUUGCAGCAGCGAAUGGUGAACCUCUUCGCUACCAUUUAUGCCUGCCCACUUGUCACUGACCCUCUCCAUUUUGAGCCAAUUUUGCCUCAUCUCUGUCACCUGACUGUGUCUCUCCCAAUGGUAACACAAGCACGUCUCUGUCGCGCCUGGGCGGAGCAUGCAUUAUCUCAGUGCUCUACAACUAAAACUGAGGCGACAGUGACCUACUGGCUGCUUGAUUUGCAUCGUAUUCUCAUGCAGCAGAUCACUCUACGAUGUCUUGCUCUCGAGCCAUCUCCCACCUUUACUGCCAGCGAUCUUGAGGAUGUACCUUCACCCAACGACGAUCGUGUCAUCUGUGACACUGCUCGCGUCAUUCGCAUCGUCUUCUACGCUUCCCUUUUGGCAGGAGGCUGUGAUUCCCCUGAACAACUCGCCCGGGAGGCUUUGGAUUUGGAGGACAUUCAGGGAGAGGGUUCUGUUUCCCUUCCCUCUUCCUCUUUUCGUACAGAAAGACCGGUUUCACGCAAGGAUCCGUUGGGCGCUAUUUUGGGCAUUUCUCCGAACGACUGUCGUCACCCUCUUAUUCCUCCGAGAGAAUUUAUCAACGAAACCCUCAAUGAAUUCAUUGUGGUGGAGAAGGAUUUCGCUAACUUCCGUUCGCAGAGGUCUGGGUGGCCAGAGAAGCUCUCCUUCAUGGAGUUGCCCUUCAUGCUACAAACAACGACAAAGAGUACCCAACUCUACUACGACAAUCGGCUUAACAUGCUGCAGGAACGCCGCGGUGCCAUUCUUCACGCCCUCUUUGCCACCUCAACCUCCGACGCCGCCCUUGAGAUGCCUUACUUCAAAAUCUGUGUCAAUCGGGAGCGCGUUGUAGAAGAUGCUCUGGUUGCACUGGAGCUGACCCGGAUGGAAGCUGUGGGGGAUUUGAAAAAGCAACUCUUCGUCGAAUUCGAUGGGGAACAGGGAAUUGAUGAAGGUGGUCUCAGUAAGGAGUUUUUCCAACUCAUCGUGGAGCGCAUUUUCAAUCCGGAUUACGGCAUGUUUGUCUACGAGAAUGAGUCACAGUGUUUUUGGUUCAAUCGUAGUCCUCUGGCGGAGGAAUUAGAACGAGAAUACUGCUUGAUUGGAACCAUUUUGGGUCUGGCCAUAUACAACAACAUCAUUCUCGAUGUACACUUUCCUGCAGUGCUCUUUCGCAAGCUCUGCGGAAAGCUUGCUUCUGGGUUGGAGGACCUUGAGGACGGAUGGCCUGCUCUAGCGCACGGUCUCCAGGCACUGUUGGAUUACGAUGGGGACAACUUUGAGGACGAUCACUGCCUCAGCUUUGUGGUCACCUACUCAGACAUGUUUGGUCAGGUGGUGACUCACGAAUUGGUUUCCCAUGGUACAUCCAAACCUGUCACCGUCGACAAUCGCCAAGAAUUCGUUGAUCAAACGGUUGAUUUUCUACUCAAUACCUCUGUAAGGAAACAGUUCACUGCCUUCCGGAGGGGCUUCCUAUCCGUUGUGGGAGAUACACCACUGUUCCAUCUUUUCUCUCCUUUUGAGAUUGAGCUCCUCUUGCUUGGAAGUCAGCACUACGACUUCGGUGAGUUGGAACGCGUGACGGAAUAUGAGGGUGACUACAGCGCAGAGACGAUUGUGGUCCGCCAGUUCUGGUCUGUGGUGCACGCAAUGACUGAAGAGGAGAAGCGCAAGCUUCUUCAGUUCACCACUGGCACCGACCGCAUCCCCGUUGGCGGCAUGUCGCGCAUGAAAUUUGUCAUCGCUAGGCAGGGUCCUGAUUCCGAUAGGCAAAAAAUUCGAGGAUUUGAUUUGCCCAUUUCUGUGCCUAGACUGCCGACUGCCCACACUUGUUUCAACGUUCUUUUGUUGCCGGAGUACUCGAGCAAGGAAAAGCUGGAGCGCUGUUUACGGGUGGCCAUUACCUAUUCAAAGGGCUUCGGCAUGUUUUGA